AUGACCAUCAAGACACCUUGGUCGCGAUUCCGACCCAGCGGUCUCGCAAAAGGCCUCCAGAACAUUAUUCGGGAGAAUUGGUAUCUGGGAUUGACGUCCUUUGGAGGCCCACCGGCCCACUUCAAGAUUGUGAGUUCAUGGCCCGUCGACUGCCCAGAAUCUCCAAAACCGUAAUCCCCGUAACCUCCAUCUUCACCUCUUCCGUGGAUGCCGCGUUGGAAGGAUCAAUCCAUGCGGGUGGCCGAUGAGACAUUAUCUGGCCGACAAUGGUGAUGGCUAACAUGCUGGCUGGUAGUUUCACGGCAAGUUUGUCGCCAAGCUCUCAUGGAUUGAUGAGCAGGUGGUAUGUACUCGUGAAACUGCCGCGAAACUCUCUGCUGAUGAUAAUAGUGCUGUAGUAUCAAGAGCUCUUCAGCAUCUGUCAGGCCUUUUCCGGCCCCGGCAGCACCAAGAUGCAUUACUGCAUCAAUCUCCUGCACGAUGGCUUCAUCCCCGCCGUUGUCGGAUUCGUCAUCUGGAGGUAACGUCUCUCAUCCUCAACAUCUCGCUGUAGAACUGACUUGUUGAACAGCCUCCCUGGCGCCCUGGGCAUGUACGGCCUCUCUAUCGGCGUUUCCAAUAUCGGCGACUCCCUCCCUCGCCCCGUUUACGCCUUGCUCUCCGGCCUCAUCGCCGCCACCGUUGGCAUCAUCGUCCUGGCAGCCGUCCAGCUGUCCGAAAAGGCCAUUACCGACAAAAUGACGCGUAUCGUCGUCUUCCUGGGCGCUGCUGCCGGCAUGAUGUACAAUGCGUUGUGGUAUUUCCCACUGCUUAUGUUUCUUAGGGGCAUUGCAACUGUUGUGCAUGACUUUCGAUGGUUGCAUGGCCCGGUCAAGGCUGUGGCUGGGACAUUGAGGAGAAAACGCACACGGUCCGAGGCGGAGGCGGAUGAGAGCGUGCAGAUGCAGAUUCAGCAGGAGACGGCUCGAGUCACCCUCGUGAGAGCACCGCCGCGGAAGAUACUUCGUUGAAUUGCCGCAGGACUACCGACCAGCCAAGCACCAUCGGCCGCGAAGAUAUCACGCUCCCCAUCACCACACAUAAAGCAUCAAUCCCCGAGUCCGAGCCGCGCGUCGUCCCCGAGGAACGACGCCUCAACAUCAGCUGGAAAUCCGGACUUCUCCUCAUCGGCCUCUUCCUCAUCACUUUUAUCGCCGUCAUGGCCCUGCGCGGCGUCCUGCCCAACCGCCCGCUCCUCUACGGUCUCUUCGGCAACAUAUACCUCGCGGGUACCAUCAUCUUUGGCGGCGGCCCCGUCGUGAUUCCGCUGCUCCGCGAGUAUAUUGUCGACGAAGGCUGGGUCAGCGCGCGUGACUUCCUGAUUGGCCUCGCUAUCAUCCAGGCGUUUCCAGGACCCAACUUCAACUUUGCUGUGUACCUUAGUAGUCUGACGGCGAUCAACGGAGGCCACAACUCUGCUGCUGGUGCUAUUCUUAGGUUCCUGGGUCUCUUCUUUCCCGGUUUAAUCACAGUGCAUGGAACUAUAGGUAUCUGGAAAGCGAUUCGGGGGUGGAGAUAG